GGCUUUCAACAUCAUCGCCGGGCCUGCAGGUGACCAAACCCACGAUCCUCUCCUCGACAACCCGCUCCGACUACGUCAAGACAUGCAAUUUUAGCUCCCGCCAUGACUUGCCAAAAGUGUCGCCAGCCUCUCAAGCUGGAUGGCUCACUUGAAGACCUGAACCCAGCCGCCUACGACCUCCUCGUUUCUUCAUCCUCGCCACUGACGCCCAAGAAGUCACCCGUACCCCGUCCACCAGUCGCCCAGCCUCAAGAGCAAUCCCGGAGGUCCCUUUACGACAAAAUCUCCCGAAAUGCCACCGCUCCCAUCUUCAGGCGCAACCAGGGCGGCAACCCGCGCGAUUCCGCCAUGUCCUUCAUCUACCUGACCGAGUCGCAGAUGGGCGGACCGCAAACUCCAGCGGUAGAACCCCCGCCAACACCUCCCAAACUCCGGCGCGCGAGCUCCAGCAGAGGCGGGGAUGACACCGAUGGGCCGAAGGGAGACGAGAUGGACAGAAUCAACCGACUGUUUGAGAUUCUUUCUGCCAGAUCCGACAUCGAUCAUCCGAUAUGCGUUGAAUGCACCGAUAUGCUCGUGGAGGGCCUACAGAAAAAGUUGGACGUGGCUUCGAAAGAGAGAGAUGCGUAUGUCAGACAUCUGAAAGAAGUCAAAGCGGACCAGCCAACCGAAGAGGAGGUGAAGGCUCAAGAGGCUACCCUGAAAAAGGCAGAACAAGAUAGGUCAACAGCUAUGGAAGAACUAAAGAAGUUGGAGGGGGAGAAGGAUGCCCUGGAUGAGGAGAUUGUAGCUCUCGAGGAAGAGUCACGGCAGCUAGACAAGGAAGAGGAGAAGUUCUGGAGGGAACGGAAUGCGUUUGCAACCAAGAUGGCCGACUUCCAGUCGGAAAGGGACAGCGUCAACGCCAAAUACCUCAACGACUCGCAGCUGCUAGAGAAGCUUCAACGAUCCAACGUCUACAACGACACGUUUUGCAUUAGCCAUGACGGCAGCUUCGCGACCAUCAACGGACUUCGGUUGGGGCGACUUUCGAACAAACCAGUGGAUUGGCCCGAGAUCAACGCAGCGUGGGGUCACGCACUGCUCCUGCUUGUGACAGUGGCAGAGAAGCUUGGAUAUAGGUUUGAUGGUUAUGACCCACAGCCCAUGGGAAGCACUUCCAAGAUUGUCCGGUACGAGACACCCAGUCCCUCGUCGAGCCGGCUCGGGGCUCGGAUGGUUCAGCCUCCACUCAAGAAGCACGUCCUAGAACUGUUCAGCUCCGGGGACAUGCCCCUUGGAUUGACGUUUAUGCACCGUCGGUUCGACAACGCCAUGGUGGGAUUCCUCGAGUUGGUGCGGCAACUAGGAGCUUUUGUGCGCCGGCAAACCGAAGCGACGGGGAAUCCACUGAGCCUGCCGUACAAAAUUGACGGAGACAAGAUUGGAGAUGUGAGCAUCAAGUUGGGGAUUGCGCAGGACGAUGGUUGGACCAAGGCGUGCAAACUGACGUUAACCUGCUGCAAGUUUCUUUUGGCACACGCGAGCAACGUGACGUCGACUGCGAGGAACGGGGCUACUUGACGAUGAGGUGCGUCAAGCAUAGAUGAAAUGAUUACAUGGGAAGGAGUUGGGAACGGAUGGAGGGAAGGCGUUUUUUAUUUCUUUUUAGAUACCGGAUAUCUUUCUACUGCCUACUGUUUGCUGGGGUACUAGAGAUUGUAGGAGGGAUGGAUAGAUGAUAAUCGUGAUAUUAUGAUGCUCCAGCUGGGAGAGAGGCACAACGCUUCAUUCAUUCAAAAGACAGGAUGAGACCAGAUGCCUUCGAUCCAGCACUAGCACUACAACAUUCC